UUCCCCCAGUGCCGCUCUCUCUCCGCAGUUCCGCAAUUUCAAGAUCAUUUACCGCCGCUACGCCGGCCUCUACUUCUGCAUCUGCGUGGACGUCACCGACAACAACCUGGCCUACCUGGAGGCCAUCCACAACUUCGUCGAGGUCCUCAAUGAAUACUUCCACAACGUCUGCGAGCUCGACCUGGUCUUCAACUUCUACAAG